AUGAGUGGAGGAGAGAAACAGACAUUCAAGAUCCGGAGACUUGACAUCUCCGACAAGACAAAGGGAUACAUCGAACUUCUUUCUCAACUCACCGUCGCUGGAUCAUUAACAGACGAAGAGUUCGAUCAGCGUUUCAAGGAGAUAACCUCCUACGGAGACGACCACUUGAUCUGCGUGAUCGAAGACGUGUCUUCAGGGAAGAUCGCGGCGACGGGGAGCGUGAUGAUAGAGAAGAAGUUUCUGAGAAACUGCGGGAAAGCUGGGCAUAUAGAGGACGUUGUCGUGGAUACAGAGUUUCGCGGGAAACAUUUAGGGAAGCAAGUGGUUGAGUUUCUAAUGGAACAUUGUCGUGCGAUGGGUUGUUACAAGGUGAUGCUUGAUUGUAGUCUGGAGAAUAAAGGGUUUUAUGAGAAGUGUGGGUUGGUUAAUAAAGCUAUUCAGAUGUCAAAGUACCUUUGA